AUGCUGGAUCAGUUUGCCGCCUUUCAAUGGAUCUAUGCCAAUAUUGAGGCCUUUGGAGGUGAUCCGAAUCACAUUACCGUCCAAGGCCAGUCCGCUGGCUCCGCAGCUACUCAGCACAUCUUGUACAGCAAUUUGACGCGCGAUCUGAUCGUCGGUGCCAUCGUCGAGAGCGGUGUCCGGGACCCCCACGACCCCCACGACCCCCUGUGUACCAGCUUCGCUGAAACCUACACCUCGCUGGACGAGGCGCUGAAGGACGGAGAUACCUAUCUGUCGAACUUGGGAGUUUCGAGUAUCGCCGAAGCCCGCACCCUCAGUAUGGAGGCCUUGAUCGACGGAGCGACCGGCACUACCCGUGAUACCACGAUCAUGUUUGAGGCAGUUCUUGAUUAUUACGCGAUGCCGGACACCUACCUCAACGUCCUCAUAAAAGGUCUGGCCCACGACGUCCCAGCCAUCACUGGAAACAAUAAGGACGAGAAUAGUGCGACCUACGGCCUCGAUAUUUCGCUCGCGGAAUAUCUGCAAGACCUCAACCAAACGUACAGUGGGGAAUGGGUAGACCGGUUUCUGAGUCUUUAUCCGGCGAAUGACUCGACAACCGCAUCAGGGGCAUAUAAUUCCAUGUUUACUGACCGAUCCAAGGAUCACGCGCCCUCCGGUCAGACUUCCGGCGCCUAUCACGAGUCGGAUAUCAAUUACGUACUGAACAAUCUCUAUGCCAUAGACAAGCCCUGGACCGCCGAGGACUACGCUAUCGCCAACAAGAUGAACGAUUAUUGAGCCAGCUUCAUCAAGACGGGGAAUCCCAACACGCAGGCUCAAGGUACGGUUGAGUGGCCCGCAGUGAAUGCCUCCAAACUGGUUCAGCAUGUGGGUAAUGGAUGGGGCCAGAUUCCCAGUGCCUGGAACAAGAAGGUCGGACUAUUUGAGGAUUGGUUUGCCACCUUAGUGGCAUACUGAUCUCCCAGUUAUUGUUGUGGGGCAACCAGUCAGUAUAACCUUCUAACUUGACUUGGGGACGAGAG